AUGGCUCCUAAGGUUCUCAUCGUCCUUACUUCCUUUGACACCAUGCCUGCGACUGGCAAGCCCACCGGCUGGUACUUGCCUGAAUUCGCCCACCCAUGGUACGAACUACACGAGAAAUGUGACCUGACAGUCGCCUCGCCAAAGGGCGGAAAAGCGCCCCUGGACCCCGCCUCGGUCGAGAUGUUCAAGACAGACGAAAAAUCCGUCUCAUUCCACAAAACCCAGUCCGCCCUCUGGGAAAAGACAAACGUCCUAUCCGACAUGAAAGCUUCCGACUUCGACGCUAUCUUCUACGUCGGCGGUCACGGCCCAAUGUUCGACCUGACAACUGACCCCACGAGCAUCGCCUUGAUCGAGGCCUUCGCCGCGGCCAAAAAGCCCAUCUCGGCUGUCUGCCACGGACCCUGCGUCUUUCUGAAACCCAAGGCGCCGAACGGCGAGCCGCUCAUCGCUGGUAAGACUGUCACGGGAUUCUCGAACUUGGAGGAGGAUCAGGUGCAAUUGUCUGCCGCUAUGCCGUUCAUGCUGGAGGACGAGUUGAAUAAGAUCUCUGGCGGGAAGUUCGUUAAGGCGGCUGAGGCUUGGGGGGAGAAGGUUGUUGUUGAGAGUACGAACGGGGUUGGGGGUGUGCUUAUUACAGGACAGAAUCCGGCUUCGGCCGAGGGGGUGGGCAAGGCUUUGUUGAAGGCUUUGGGGUUGUAA